AUGGUAAAAUCAGAUCAACCUACCGCACCAACUGGCACACGUUGUAAAACAUGUGUUUGUGGAGAAACAGGGUGCGAACAUAUCAAGCAAUUGAGAAAAAUGACUGGUAAAGGGAAACCAUAUAUCAAAAGCUUUAAUGAAAAGAUCCAACGUUUAAUAACAUUAGAAAUGAAGGACGAAUUUGAGAAGUUUUUAAAGGGAGAAUUGACAAAAAUCAACUUGGAUUCUCUCAAGCCAAAGACUGGAAAAGAAUACGAACUUGGUAUUAAAGUUGAAUUUUAUGAUGUCAUUGAAGUGAAGUGGAAGAAAACUAUUCAAACAUGUGACAACUCUAACUCAAGUAUUGGAUCAAGUGCUAAUCCACUCCGUUCUCCACAAACAGGUAAUGAUAUCUUAAAUUUUUUUGAAGAAGCCAAUGAAGACAACAUGUCAGAUUCAUCAGUCAACCUUGAUGAAAUGAAUGAAUCUCAAACAAUCCAUUCACAGCCUAAAUAUAAGUGUAUGGUAGAUACUCCAGAAAGUUUGCAAAUGAUCUGUCUAUCUGAUAUUGAAUUGAGAAGCUAUUCCAAUUUAAAAACACGUUUGAGUGAAAAGUUCUCAUGUACUGUUGGUAGCAUCUAUUUCAAAUAUCAACAGGAUCGUAAAAAGUGCCUGUUGGAAGAUGAUAGAGAUUUAAUGGAUUUAUUUAGUCGUGAAUUAAUAAAGAGUCAAAAGGAUUGGGAAAACUUUAUAAUUUCCAUUUGA